GUUGCCAGUUGCUAGUGGCAAGUUGGCAACUGUGCAUAAUAAUACCAAUUGCAAUCGCAGUGUAGCUGGCAGCAAUUAACAAUUUUUAACCUUGUUGUGCAUGAUGCAUGUGGCUGAGAGAGCACUCCGAUCAUCUCAUGAUCCGCCGGUGACGAUGAUGAUGACGAUCAUGGUGAUGCUGGCGCAUAAAAAGCUGCUAAAUGUUUUCGAGUGCUCUUCUAUUUCGCAAUUAAAUCGAUUUCAGUUUCGAAGCAUUCCGUGUUUGCAAAUGCGAGACAUCAUCGACCCCAAUUUGCAUAAUCGAUGGCUGAUUGCAGCGGCUGUCGUUAGCCAUUAUUAAUUAUGAAAGUGUUAUUCGACUUUCAGUGAUGGCCAGACAGCGACUAUCUUAAUUUAUAGAUCGUUACUGCAAUCCGAUAUUCUCGUUAGCAUUUAGCUACGAGAUGGUUUCACGAAGCUACGACUUCAAAUGGAUUGCUCAUUUCGCAAGUGCCUUUUCCAUAAUCUGAAAUGGCGUUCAGCACUCUGGCCGUUUAAUUACUCAUUUAAAAUGAACACAAGUUCCCCAAGAGCUGGCUCAAAUACCUCGCAUAACAUUAACCCUGUUACCCGCAGCAACUCCACUUGCAGCAGCAGCAUCACAAGUGCAAUCAGAGGAGCGUGACUUCGUUGUUUGAUUGUUGCUGCAAAAGUGAAGGUUGCAAACGCUGGAAAGGCGACAAUUAAUGCUCUGAUAAAGCCAGAGAAAGAUGCAACACGAGCAGCAGCCGUGGAUGCACCAACUGCAGCCGCAGCAACAUGCGACAGCAGCAAUUUCCAGCUGCAAGUGCCACAACUGCCACAGUCGCCGCGCGAAUUUCCGUUAAUAAUGUUGUCAAAGCGUUCCGAUGCGUUGAUAAGCGCUUUCGUUUUGACGCUCUAUUAUGUGGGCGUGGCCGACGGGAACAACGCAGCGGACUUUGUGACAAUGGGCGAUCUGCGGAGGAGUAGGCGUGCCCAGUCGCAUUUCUCUCGUCCCGGUGGCAUGAUAAUGGAGGGCAUUGGAUUCCAGUACAGCAUGCGAUAUCAGCCGGGCUUCCACCUCCACAAGUUGGCCCAGCAGCAGGCGGAGGAUGGAGGAAUGGGCGGCAUGGAAAAUCCACCUGCGACGGAAGCCCCAAUGCCCAUGCCCACUCCCGGUACACCGCCGCCUGAUCCACCGCCCCCAGAGCCGCAGGAACCGGAGCCCACGAUACCCAUGCGUCCCACAACCAUUCCAGUAGAGGAACCUUCAGGAGUGCAACCCACGAUGAUGAUGCCCACUCCGAGUGCUUCGCCAGGGAUGCAGCCCAGCCCCAAGCCGAGGCCCACUGGGAAGCCCUCGCCGAGUCCGCCAGUGCCGACGCCACCAUCCAGCACCAAGAGCUCCAUAAUGCAGCCCCACCAGACGCUGAAGAACAUCCUCUUCGGCUCGCCCAUCGAGGCGAAUCUCAUCCUGAAAAAACCCAAUGCUCCGCGCUCGAAGGGCAAGGGCUUCCUCAGCCUGUUCGAGGUGAUCAAGUUCCCCAACACCAAGUGCAGCGUGUCCAUGGGCGACAUCCGGAGCAUGGAGGGCGUCUGCUACCACGAGUUCGAGUGCAAGAGCCUCGGGGGGAUUCCCACCGAGAGCUGUGCCGAGGGCGUGGGCGUCUGCUGUGUGUUCGUCAAUGGAUGCGGCGAUGUCACCAGCCAGCAGAUCCUCUACUUCGAGAGCCCCAACUAUCCAAAUGCUGUGCGGGAAAUGAUGAUCUGCGUCCUAAUCAUCAACGUGAAGCAGGGAGUGCAGCAAUUGAGACUGGAUUUCCAGAUGUUCGAGCUAAGUCGCCCCAGCAAUGGUGACUGUGUGGACGAUCAAUUUAUAGUCUCCGGCCACAAUACCAACUUCCAGAUACCCAUUCUGUGUGGCAUCAACACGGGCCAGCAUAUUUAUAUCCAUGUUGGCGACUCGAACGAGGGCAAAGUGUAUCUAUCGGUUUUCAUGAAGGUCUCGGGAGGCGGACGUUCCUUCAACAUAAAAGUCACUCAGGUGGACGACGAGCUGGCCCCCAAUAAUUGCCUGCAAUAUUUCCCCGAGGCCGAGGGCGUAAUAAAAUCGUUCAACUAUGAUACAGAUGGUUCAAUCGUGGACAACCGAGAGGCUACUUAUUUUAACAAUUUGAACUAUGCCAUAUGCCUGUCCCGAUUGAAGAACGUGUGCAGUGUGGCGUAUAAUACGGAACAACUUGGAGGUGAUCAGCCCGACUUCCAAAUCAUCAACAAAGAUGAAGCCGAGAACGACUUGGUCUCCGAUGGGCAGGCGGGCGCUGGCAUCUUCAACUGUCCGGACGACUUCAUAGCCAUCAACUCCGUUCCCCUGUGCGGGGAGCGGUUCAACGACGGCCGGGAGAGCGACGACUAUACCAUCCACGCCACCGUCAGGGAUACCGCGGCGGGUCCCAUCAUCCUGCCCUUCCGAACCGAUGCCGAGUAUGUGGGUCGCGGCUUUCGCCUGCUCUACAGACAGGAGCUGUGUGCCUGAGAUCCCACUGCGAUGUGCAUGUCGAGCACUGGUUCACAAGAUGCAUGUGUUCCGCAGUCAGAUGUUCCGUGGCCAGAUGCUUGGCUGCACGGCGGGAAAACUGCCUUACUUAUUGGUUUUUCAGCUCCUGUAAGAUAACU